AUGGAAGUCUCCCAGGGCUACAUUGUGAAUGCGGAGGACAAUGUCCUCAAGUUGAUAUCAGAAGAGCGAAUAACACCUCCUGUAGGUAACAUAUGCAACAGGGAACUACAGAAUGAUUGUGAUAAUCGCAACAAGGCUCCUGCCAACGGAUCCGGAGAUGCAAAGGCUUCAACACCUGCUUCGGUAAAUCCAAAUACGGAAGGCGUAAAUCUUUCUGGAAUCUCGGGGAUUGUGUUUGAAAUUGUAUCGGUGCUAUGCUUCAUUCUACUCUCCUCGUGUAUACUGCAGUUUUUGAUUUCAAAGAUUUACGACAAAAUACCAAUAUCUCUGGUUCUGUUCAUUUUUGGGAUGGUUGUGUAUGGCAUAAUCAUGGCCAUUGGACCUCAGGAGGUGCAGGGACCAUUUUUGCAGUCUCUAACCCGUGUUCGAAAAAUUGACAAUUCGGUUUUGUACUACAUUGCGCUUCCCAUUCUCUUGUAUGAAGCUACACAAACAAUAAACUGGUACACAUUUUGCAAUUUUCUAAUGGGUGGAAUCGCCCUUGCCGUUGGAGGAGUUAUCAUGCAGGUUAUAAUUUUGGGUCUGCUCUUUAGGUUUACACUCGGAGACGAUACGCACUGGUCUUACACCAAAAGCUUCCUUUUAGCGUCCAUUUUAAGUUCCACGGACCCAGUUGCGGUCCUUUCUGUAUUAGGUGACGUCAGGGCACCCACAAAGAUUAUUUCAAUGUUUAAUGGUGAAUCGCUGAUUAAUGAUGGUACAUCAGUGUUAAUGUUCCAAUUUUUUUACAUGCUUUCGAUUGGAAGAUCAGAGUCUUAUUCCUAUUACUCACUCUUGUUUACAAAACUUUUGGUUUUGAGUCCACUGCUUGGAGUUCUUGUGGCAUUUAUUGUAAUUAUUUGGGUUAGCUUUUUUAGAAGGUAUCACAUGGCCCAGUGCAUAUCAGUAGUAGGUACUUCUUACCUUGUUUUCUUCAUUUCUGAGUAUUAUCUAAAUUUAUCUGGACCGCUCUGUAUUGUUUGUUACGGAGUGUAUAUAAAGGCUUAUGGUCUUGUCGCAUUUGACAGAGAGGCCCUUGAAAAGCAUCAUAGCUUUGUUGAAGGAUUUUCUAGCAUCGCAAAUUCCGCAGUAUUUCUCAUUAGCGGCAUGCUUACAAUUGGAAUGCUUGAAUCGCAAUUUAUGCUCCGCAAUGUUUGGGUUAAAAUUUUUAAAUUGCUAAUGGUGUACCUAUUUCUAAAUAUUGCAAGGUCGAUUAUGAUUAUUUCUUUUAGUCCACUAUUGUCGUACAUCGGAUACAGGAUAAAUUUAAAGGAAAUUAUUCUCUUGAUUUGGGGAGGAUUGCGAGGUGCCAUGGUUUUGGUUUUGGGUCUUCGCCUAGAGUCUGAUCCAAGAAUAGAUGAUGGUACUUCGGAUAUUUUGGCGUUUUAUAUUGGUGGAAGUACCAUGUUAAUUUUGUUGUUGCAGGGCUUCACAUUUGAUUGUUUGUAUAGAUGUUUGAAUCCUUACCCAAUGAAGCCCUUUAGACGUGUUUAUCUUGAAAAGACUAUGCAAAUGAUUGAGUUUAAAUACAUUUCCGAGAUACAAGCACUGGGAUACCAUUGGCUCUUUAAGGGUACCUCUGUUAUCCAGUAUGCAAAUCGAUUGGUGCCAUCUCUUUCCAAUGUCCGGUGGAAUAAGAUUGGAAAGCUGGUUUUUAACAAUAUAAAGGUGGAUGUUUCGUACGAACUCCCCGCUACUCCAAUAAACGCUGAGAAAAGUUUUGAAAAUCCAAUGGAUUUGCCUCUUCGAUGUGCAACUGUAAUUAGUGCAGAGUCAGAUUACUCUGAGGAUAUGCAGGAGCUUGAUGAAUUUUCGGAGGAUAAUGACGAGAACAUAUUCUUGUUUGCAAAUGGAGCGCUGCAACGAAAGAAUUCGGACCUUGGGGACUAUGACCCCAAGUUGUAUCUGAGGUUGCUUGAGCAUGCCACAAUAACAGAGUCUCAGAAUCCAGACUCUGGAAAAUAUUUGGAUAGUCGUUCCAAUAGUGAGCACACUAUCGCAUCCAUUGAGAGCUCCAAACUCUCAAGCUUUCACUUGGGUUCCCAAAUGCGGUCCUUUGCGUUGCCACAAAGAAUGGACACUGACGCGACGAUUAAUUUGGAAAAUUUGUACCUUGACCAGUACAGCCGUAUACGGGACUACGACAACGAGUGCCCUAGUAGCAAGGGUAAAAAGGUGCUUCGCAUGGAGAGGGAGGGCGAGUUGUACAUUAUGAUCUUCAACGCCUUUUCCCACCUAUACAAUGAAAUGUACCACUCUGGUUUCAUUGAUGGGAGGUCUCUGUUGUCUCUCCAGUCUUCUCUUGACAUUGCGGCAGAUUUUGCCAUCAAGAGGCUAAAGCAGCGCUCAAUUGCAGUUUGGAAGGACGUUUUGUCAGAGUAUAUACAGGAUCCUUCAAACUGCGAUUUUCCAGAAAGCGUCGACGAAAUGGACGGAUUUGCAUUUGAGUGGUUUGUGCUACACUCCAUUAUCAGUGGAAGCUACACCAAGAGUCAAGUUCACAUUUCUAGCAAGCACCGCGUGAUUUCAACCUUGGAGAUUCUCGUUGCCUACGUUGAUGUCCACCAGCGGCUGCUGGAGCGGGGCGGUAAGAGCCUGGAGCGACUUUUGGAUUCGACGCUAUUGGAGAGCUACAAAAAACAAAUUGUCUAUGCAAAGAGCUAUGUUAAAGCAAUCAAGGCCAAGUGGCCAAAUAGUUUUAGUGCUGGUUUGCUAAACAAGGCCGCCUGUAUGAUGAUUCGCAUUAAAAAGGAGAUUGUCGACGAGCAGUGCGCCAACGGCUUGUUGCUGGAUGAAGACAGACGGCAGAUUCAAGAGAUGCUGGACGACCAGCUUCACAAGAUAACUACAAAGAUAGAUUAUGUCAGCCUAGUUAAACAGGCGGUUCGGAGAUUUUUAAAGUAUUUUUACUAUAAAGGCAAAAGAGGCAAUGACCCUUUGUAA